AUGUCGCAGCCUGCCCCGUACACGGUGCCGAACUACGACAUCUUUGGCCACCAUCACCACAGCAAGCCGUUUAAGGACAAGUCUCAUUUCUUGGAAAAAGAUGUUUGGCAUCCCAAGUGGUUAGAUCCACCACCAGCCAUCCGCUCCCGAGCAGAACUGCAGCAGGCCAGAAAGCAAGGCCGAAUUCCGGAAGUAAAGAGCUACGACUUUGAUGGUGACGGAGUCGUGGGCCAACUGGAUUACUUCAUCGGCAAAUGCUUCGACCAAGACGCAGAUGGGCGGCUGACUACUGCUGAGAAGCGGCGUGCAGACAAGGCCCUGGAGAAUGGUUUCCUCGACAAGUUUGUCAGAGGAUUAGACGCUACGGGACAGGUUCACAAGUGCGGUCCGAUCAAGCAAAAACGCGGAGUCAUCUGCGGGCCAGACAGUGCCAAUGCUGCCAGUGUCUCCACGUACCCACCCCAUUUCAACGCGCACCAUGUUCCAGAGCACUACACAAGGACAGCCCUCGAUUUGAGUCGAAAGGCGGAGGUGAAAGCUGCUGGGCUCAUCGCAGGCGAGAACUGGGCUGCCCGCUGCGAGCCGGUGCUAGAGCGCCAGCCUCCGAAUCACGAGACACAUCCCAGACACUGUCCAGUCGCGCAUAUCCGCGAGCGUGCGGAAGCAGACCACCAGUUGGCGCGUGUCCGCGGCGGCCUGAUGCCAAUGAGCUACCCGGUGAAUCCCGAGCGGGAGUGCAAGACGGUUGGAAUGGACCGAGUGCAGGAUCCGACGUUCCGCACCCGAGGGCAGCUCUUGGAGACUCGAAAAGAGCUGAUGAAGCGAGACAAUGAGGAGCUGAGGCUACAUGGAGAUGAAUACUAUGUUCCCCUCUCCAUCAGGAACGGCGAGAGAGAGGUCCGAGAAUUUGAGUUCCGCGAGCCAAAGGAAGAGCCGAUGACGCUCACGAGGCUAAAGGACAACAGACUGAAGGAUAAGAUUGAGUACGACAUGAACCAUUUUGGUUUUCCGCGUGUCUUCCCACGCGAGUACCCUAAAUACUCUGACCAUCCUGACAUUCCCUUCUGGGUGUCAAACCCUGAAGAUGCUCGCAUUGGCACCAGCCCGCCGCAGACCGUGAGCAGGAACCACAGCGAGCCUACCUUCAAAGUCACAGAGAUGCCUUUCGGGGACGAGCCCAGGGACACGUACGAGGUGAUGCCAGACUCAGCAAAAGAGCUGGCAGCUGGCAAGAUGACCCUCGGGCGCCAGACGGAGCUGGGCAGCAAGACGGUGAAACGCUGGUCCACGGACAUGUUGGAGCGGGGCCAGGCUCGGAAUCAGCCUCGUCUCUUCGACAACAUCCGACCGGUGAGAAUUGGGCCCAAGGAUCUAGAACCUCUCGAUCUCACGUCUUCCAUGGAGCCGAUCCGCACCGCUGCAUUGCGGAGGCAGGCGGAAGAGCGCAAGAAGAUGGCAGCCAUGCCAAAACGCAGCCGGCUCUACGUUGACCCGUCAGAGGAGACUCAUGCCAAGCUGCCAGCAUCCCAGGCUGGCUCGAAAAUGGAAUCCUCAGAAGCGAUCACGGCACAACGUUCAGCGAUGGAGCCGCCUCCUUCUGCCACAUCUGCGGCCACAAGGAUGCCUGGAAGACGUGUGCCAAACAUCAGCAGUGAGCCUGUCCUGCGCACGGCAGUUCUGGAGACAACGACGCCGAAGGAGCCAAGGCAUUUUGGCACCGGAACCAUGCCGCAGGGCCUGACGCAGACCGGUGUGCGAUGUGGGGGCUUCCAGCAUCUGGAUACCGCAAUGUCCUUGCAUCGCCCCAGUCUUCGUGAGAGCCGCGAUUCUCGAGCACGGCCAGACCGCCGUGCACAGGAGGAGGGCAUGGGCUGA